AUGGGUGGUGAUGUAGAAGUGUAUGAAAGAAUGGAAGCUAAUGAAGUCUGUUUAGAUGUGUUGAAGGAUAGGAUAAAACACUUAGGGUAUAGUGAGGUAGGAACAAUACUUUAUUGUUGGUGGAAUGAAAGAUUGAAGUUGAUACAAACAGACAAUGAUCUAAUAUCCAUAUUGAAUGAAGUUAACCUAGGUAAAAUGUUGGAGUUUUGGGUUGAAACAAUGGAUGAGUUGGACUUGAUUGAUGCUGAUAUGGUAGCAAUUGAGGCAGACAGUGAUUGGGAAAAUGAGAUUGAGGUAGACUGUUUGGGGGUAGAUCAGCAGGAUGUUGAAGAGUUUGGGGAUGGAUUAAAUGCAGUACAGAAGCAGGAGGAUGGGGAUGGGUUAAAAAGGGAGGAUGGUGAUGGCUUAAAACAGGAGAAUAAAGUACUUUCUGUAGCUGGAAAAAAUAAAUUGAAAAACAAUUGGGAUGAAAUAAACUUUUCUGAUGAGGACUCAAUUGUGGAUUCUGAUAGUGAUGGGGAAGGUAAAUGGCCCAUAUUUAGAGCUGGAACAGACAUGAAAGACCCCCAUUUCACUUUAGGCAUGACUUUUGCUUCCAAACAACAGUUUAGAGAAGCAGUUCAAAAUUAUGCUUUCAUAAAUGGCAAAGAAAUUAGAACACUUAAAAAUGACAAGGAAAGGGUCAUUGUUAAGUGUACACAGGAGGGUUGCCCUUGGAGAAUAGGCUUGAGGAAAGUAAUAGGCUCACUGUCAUGGAGAAUUUUGAACAUGAUAGAUGAACAUGAAGGGUGUUCUUGGGUUUGGGAGAAUUCUAUGGUCAAAUCUUCUGUGGUUGCUAAGAGGUGGUCUACUCAAUUAAAAGACCACCCAGAUUGGAUGAUGAGAAAGUUCAAUGAUAAGGUGUGCAGUCAAGAAGGAUUUUAUGUGAGUGAUUCCCAAGCCUAUAGGGCUAUUUGGAAGGCAAAGAAGCUAAGAGAAGGUGAAGAGGGAGAUAACUUCAAAAACAUUUGGAGGUACUAUGAAGAAAUUUGUAAGACAAAUCCUAGGUCAAGAUGUAUUAUCAAGACCAGUGACCUGCUAGAUGGGAGUGGACAAGAAAGAUUUUUGAGAAUAUAUGUUUGCUGGGAUAGUAGCAAGCAAGGCUUCAAGAACUGUAGAAAACUGAUAGGGGUAGAUGGCUGUCACCUUAGAAGUGCAACAGGUGGGAUACUACUGACAGCUGUGACUGUAGAUGCAAAUGAUAGUAUAUUUCCACUAGCUUAUGCUAUUGUGGAAGGAGAGAAAAGAGAGUCCUGGACUUGGUUUCUAAUGCUUCUGAAAGAUGAUAUGGAGAUAAGCCCCAAUGUGGAAGAUGAAUACUGUUUCAUAAGUGGAAACCUUUCCCCAAAUUCAUAG